AUGAAGCGCUUCGCUCUCGUCCUGUCCAUCUUAGUGGCCUCGAUCUCCAUCCUCGUAUACAACACUCCAGCCUUGCAAUCCAUUAUCGAAGAGACCUUUUCCAGAGCAGCCUCGUUCACCAAAGCAAACCUCAACAUCAUCCCCUCCACCACCACACCACCACCCCAGUCUUCCAUGCUCGGCGCGGCCAAGGAAGCCAUGUCCAAGACCGCCGGCCCCAUGCUCCGCCACGCAAAGGUCACGCCGCACCGGUCGUCGGCGCGCGGGCACGCCAACCACGGCUGGCUCGACACGUACCACUCCUUCAGCUUCGCGUCGUGGUACGACCCGCGCUUCACCCACUUUGGCUCCCUGCGCGUGCUCAACGAGGACCGCGUCGGGCCCAACGCGGGCUUCCCGACGCACCCGCACGCCAACUUUGAGAUCUUCUCCUACGUCCUCUCGGGCGAGCUCACGCACCGCGACAGCAUGCUCGCAAGGGGGCAAGAAGGGGACGCGUCGGCGGACCAGUUCUACCGCAUGCGCCGCGGCGACGUGCAGUUCACGACGGGCGGCACGGGCAUCAGCCACUCCGAGUUCAACGAGCACCCUUCCGAGACGGUCCACUUCCUCCAGAUCUGGGCGCUGCCGUGGAGGAAGGGGCUGGCGCCGCGCUACCACACGCUCCGCUUCGACGAGGCGCUCAAGCGCGAGCGCUUCGUCACUAUCCUGAGCCCGCUCAAGGCCGGGCCCGACGCGACGGCGGCCGAGGAGAAGGAGGCCGUCCCGGCCGUCGAGGGGUCCAUCCCCAUCCACGCCGACUUGGCGAUGGGCGCCGGCAUCAUCGAGCCCGAGGCCCGCUUCGUCUGGACCGUGGGGGGACAGGGCACCGAGGCGACAAAGCGCAAGGUGUUUGUGCACGUGCCGAGGUGCAAGGGCGGCCAGGCGCAGGUGCGCAUCGACGGCAGGGACGAGGUGCUCGAGGAGGGCGACGGCGCCUUUGUCGACGGUGUCAACGCGGGCGACAAGCUUGUCUUUGAGAGCGUGGGCACCGCCGACGCUGAGGUUGUUGUUUUGGAUACCGCAUAA